CACACACACACACACACACACACACAGAGUCAGGCAGCAGCAGCAGCAGCAGCAGCACUGGCGUCGCAGCAGCGCGUCAAGCAGAGCGGCUCUCGGGCUUUGUUCAGUGGAUGUGAAUGAGCCUGAGCUCCAUCACCUGCUCCAGACAUGUGGACGGAUAUAAGGACACUGCUACUUUUACAUCUGUUCGUCCUCAGGCUGCAGCUAACGGCAGCCUCGGAUGAGUGUGAGGAUGGACAGUUCCAGUGCAACAACAAAAGGUGUAUACCGACCAUCUGGAGGUGCGACGACGAUGACGACUGCUCAGACAACAGCGAUGAAGAAAACUGUCCCAGGAAAACCUGCGCCCCUGCAGAGUUCGCCUGUUUAAAUGGCCAGUGCGUCCCAGGACGCUGGCGCUGCGACGGGGAACCAGAGUGUCCCGACGGCUCUGAUGAGGCAGAGGAGACCUGCAGCAAACAGACGUGCCCUCCGGAGAAAUUUGACUGUGGAGGAUCCACCAACAAGUGUGUCUCGUUGUCAUGGAGAUGUGACGGGGAGAAGGACUGCGAGAACGGGGCGGACGAGGAGGACUGCGCUUCUGACGCCAAGGCCUGCCCCAGCGGCGAGUUCAUGUGUUCCAACCGCAAGUGCUUGGCCACUGUCUAUGUAUGUGACGGUGACGACGACUGCGGAGACGGCAGCGACGAGCUCAAGUGCGCCUCCCCUCUCACCUGCGGGCCCAACCACCUCCGCUGCAACACCUCGGAGUGCGUGCCGCUCAUGUGGAGCUGUGACGGAGACCCCGACUGCUCCGACAGCUCAGACGAGGGGCCGGAGCGCUGCGGCGGGGACGGGGCCCCGUACCUGAACAACCGCAGGGCCAACUGCACCGCCGGAGAGUUCCGCUGCGCCAACGGGGAGUGUGUGCGACUGACGUGGAAGUGCGAUGGAGAUCCAGACUGCAAGGACAAAUCCGACGAGUCUGAUUGUCCCCUGUUGACGUGUCGUCCGGAUGAGUUCCAGUGCGGCGACGGCUCCUGCAUCCACGGGACCAAGCAGUGUAACAAGGUCCAUGACUGUCCGGACCAAAGUGAUGAAUCUGGUUGUGUAAACGCCACCAGGUGCGCGGGGCCGCUGAAGUUCCUGUGUAAGAACGGGGAGUGCAUUGACAGCUCCAAGGUGUGCGACUCUCUCAAGGACUGCAAGGACCGAUCAGACGAGCCCAAGAAAGAGUGUGGCCUGAAUGAGUGUAUGAUCAACAACGGCGGCUGCUCGCAUGUCUGCAUGGACCGACCAAUCGGAUUUGAGUGCCAGUGCCCCACGGGUUACCAGCUGCUGGACAAAAAGACCUGUGGAGACAUCGAUGAGUGUGAGUUCCCUGACGCCUGCAGCCAGAUCUGCAUCAACUACAAGGGGGAUUUCAAGUGUGAGUGCCACGAGGGUUAUGAGAUGGACCCCGUCACUAAGACCUGCAAGGCAGAGGGGAAAAGCCCGUACCUCCUGUUCACCAACCGACAUGAGAUCCGACGCAUAGACCUGGUGAAGAGGGACUACAGCCAGGUGGUGUCCACGCAGAAGAACGCAGUGGCUCUGGACCUGGACGUGGCCAAUAACCGGGUUUUCUGGUGCGACCGCUUUUACCGGAGAAUCUACAGUGCCUUCAUCCAUGAGGCCAGCGACCCCUCCCAGCAGGUGCCGCUGGUGGAUUCAGCCCUGCAGACCCCUGUGGGCCUGGCUCUGGACUGGCUCCAACACAACCUGUACUGGGCCGACUCCGGAGAUAAAUCCAUCUCUGUGGCCUCCGUGGACGGCACCAAGAGACGCGUGCUCAUCAACACCGACCUCAGUGAGCCCCGAGCCAUGGCCCUGGAUCCCCACCACGGCUUUAUGUACUGGUCAGACUGGGGCACUCGAGCCAAGAUAGAGAAAGCCGGGAUGAAUGGUGUGGACCGACAGGUGCUGGUGGCUGAUAACAUUGAAUGGCCCAAUGGCAUCACUCUAGACAUGGCCAACAGGCGUCUGUACUGGGUGGACUCAAAGCUGCACCUCAUAGCCAGCGUGGACCUGAACGGAGCUCACCGCAGAACACACAUGUCGUCUGCAGAGACACUGGGACAUCCCUACGCUCUGGCUGUUUUUGAGGACCGGAUCUACUGGACAGACAGAGACAGGGCGGCAGUCUUCAUGGCCAACAGGCUGACUGGGCAAGACGUCCACACGCUGGCUGAAAACCUCAACGACCCCCACGACAUUGUGGUCUUCCACCAACUGCGGCAGCCGCAAGGCCCUGACAGCUGUAAUCUGGGCAGCGUGGCCAAUGGGGGCUGCGAGUACUUGUGUCUUAAGGCUCCGCAGAUAACCGAGCACUCGCCCAAAUACACCUGCGCCUGCCCCGACGGACAGGACCCGGGGCCCGAUAUGAGGGGCUGCGUGCCAGCACCAAGAAACAACAGGACACUGACGUCCACACCUCCCACUGGUCUUAUACCUCGCACUGGUGCAACUGUUGAUGAAGACUCGCCUCCGCCAUCAGGGGGAGUAUCGCAGGCCGACGCCACCCCCCACUUGACCACUGCUCCGUCUGGUGCCGCGGACCCCCUCACACCCCUCUCCACGCUCAAGCCGGUGUCGUCGCAGGAGUCGAAGGCGCUGGGCUCCCACUCCACAGCCACCGCAAUGGUCGUCUCCACCACGCCUGCAGGGGACAGUAGCGUGUCACAGCACUCUGGAGGUGACCAUUUCCUCCUGGGCGAGAACCUGACAGUAGCUGUUCUGGGAGUGGUCAUCCCCAUCGUUCCUAUCGUUGCCACAGUGGUGUUCGGCCUGGUCUGUGCCGGCGUCUACCUGGUGUGGCGGAACUGGCGGCACAACUCCACCAAGAGCAUGAACUUCGACAACCCCGUCUACCGCAAGACCACCGGCGAGGGCGAGGAGGACGAGAUCCACAUCGGUCGGACCGACGGCAUGGGGCACCACACGCACCAUCACCCGUACCCGCAGGGCGUCAGCAUGGGAGUUGUGGGAGCAGGGGGUGGGACCUGCCCGCAGUUCAUCGCGCUGCCACUCGGGGGCAGCAUGCCCGAUCCGGGGACUCACUGGUACACGGAGCAGCCGAUGCUCUCCACCGCAAAGUGAUCCGAAAAGGGGCGACUUCCGGAGAAGAUGGCCGCUCAGGCACACGCGCACACAGCGAGGUCAGGGGUGACUUGGACUGAGUCUGCUGAAGGGACGAACUACAUAUCAUCCAGUGUUACACGCAGCCAUUCACAGCCCUGUACUAUGCCAAUUUCCAUUUGAAAAACAGUAAGUCGUGUCAAACCUUUUCUGUGCUGGAGCUGGAUCUAUUUUUCUUCUGGUAAAUACUGAGAAUUGAUCACAGAGUUUUAAAAUGUGUGCCAAAAUUGACCUAAGCUGGGAUACGGAGUCAAACUGGUUCCUGUCGUGAGUCGUCUUUUACAUUGAUAACUUAGUGAGGUGUGUGCUGUGUGUCUUAUAUUUUGUGACAGGGCUAGUGAGGGGUUAUGUUUUGUCCUUGAUGUACUAACUCUGGCUCUGUGCUUUUCCCAGUGGGCUGCGGAGCUCUGGGAACACAGUUUAGGAAGGAGAAGGAGCUGUGGAAGUGGGACAGUACCUGCGUUGAUGGGACAAUCUGUACAGAUUCGUGUCAGAAUCAAUCAUAAAUGUCAUUACUGAAGCCGUGUUGUGUAGUUAACAUUGUCCUUGAUGUGUUUUCUGUGAGGUUUUUUAUUCCCAGAUUGAUUUUAAAGAAAGGUUACCACCCACAUCUUGUUCUUACUUUCAGGUUCAGAGACAAACCUGUAAAAGUGGGUUGUCCAGCAUUUCACAGUGCAGUUGAUUUGAAGGGGUUUUGUUAUUAAUUUACCUCUAAGGUCCCAGAGUUUUGGGAGAGUACAGCAAGUGAGUGGAAAAGAGAAAAUGGACAAAUUCAAUCUUUAGACCUUGGUGUUCUGUGAGCAGAGAGAUUGUGAGGUUAGAGAGAAGUGGAAUAUACUACAGGAGUUCCUUCCUCUUUACUGUGACUUUUUUAGAUGCCGAAUGGUUCGGGAGAAGCAAUAGACUGAGUCUCGUGGUUGACAAUAAUUACUUCAGUGUUUUGAUUUUCUUUGAUCACCUGAAUUUGAGUGUGACAAACGUGCACACGAACACACACAUGGCGCGCAGUGAUGGCUGGCUCACGCUGAUCUCCAGAGGACGGAGACAAUGUGCACUUGGCCUCUGAAAACACAAACAGCAUGCAUAAUUGCUCACCAACUGACAGCGCAGCCAUUCUUUGUUCCCGGGCAACACACACUGACACACACAUAUACACACACACAUGCAUGCACACUUUCACAAAAAGCGUGCGAGAUUCCGUGCCCGCUCGCCUCCUCCUGAGGUGGCCGAUAUCCGAGCAGACAGUUUUGGAUAGUGCAAUGUGGGAGAGCCCAGCUGGUGGCUGCAUGAUGAGAGUGACCUGUCAUGUGAUGUAACCACACAAAAACAAAAAUCCAACUCUGAUGUAAUGGGUAUGAGGCCGACUUGUCCUGUCAGUGAGUGUGUUCCGUGCUGGUUUAUACCCGUCAUUAACGCUGUUACUCCAUUUGUACAACUUUAAAACUCUUGUGUGUGUGUGUGUGCGUGUGUGUGUGUGUGUGUGUGUGGGUGCGUGUGUGUGUGUGUGUUCAUUAUUAUGCAUGUGAGUGCUAAUGUUCAUCCCACAGCCAUAUUUGAAACUGUUUUGUAUGCUCUCUGUUGCACAACCCUCUUAGAAUGCCUUCUGUACUGUGCAUUGCAUGGAAGAAAACAGUGUAUGAAGGUGUGUGUGUGUGCGUGUGCUCGUGUGCGUGUGCGUGUGUGUGUGUGUCUGUGAGACUGGAGAAGCUCUGAGGGUGCUUUUUGAUUCAUUGAUUUGUAAAUAUGUUUUCAUAAGGUUUUUGAUAAUGUAUUAUAGGAUUAUGUAAAAGAAAAGCUGUACAUAAGAUUUUAGAUAAAGUGUCGACAGGUAUAUUAAUUUAUUUGUAUAAAGCUCUGCAUUCCCUGAUUGUACCAACUUUGAAUUACCCACCAAAGUGAUUUGUGUUGUUUUCUUGCCGUGCAUCGUUUGCCCUCCAUCUUUCUGUUAACACAUGGUGUCCCCUCUCACCUCCUUGCAACGCUUCCCGACCUCAGUGUUAAUGACAUUAAUGACGUUUUUGGUUAUUUGUGCCUUUGUUUACUUUAAAAUGUUUCCCUUGUUAUGGGUUUUUCUUUUUGGUUAAAAGGACAGGGAUCACUGUACAGGCAAAGAUAAACUGUAAUAAGACCAAACUGCUUUCACUUUUUCAUUUUCUGUAAUGGAUUGCUUUUGAAUAUCUCUAUAUAUUGAUAUAUAAAAUCCAGCUGAAAAUUUC